CCGACAGUCUGGAGUCGCUGGUCCCACUUGUUGCCAGCGUGUAAACUUCCAGGUUUUGCCGUCAGUUGAGGUGAAUUGUGGCUGACUUGUCCACCACAGAUACCCUUCGAAUGAGAUUGGUCUUUCUGUAGUAACCAUCACCAUCUGGGACUGGUUGCUUUGCAUCAAUGACGAGGUCUAUCUCAUCUGGCCAAGUCUCAGAACCCUGAAAGCGUCCUCAAUCAUAUACAUGCUAAGCCGUUACAUGAUGAUUAUCAGCGAGGUCACAACCAUCCCAUCCGCCGGACCCCUUUCUCUGCGGGAGUAUGUAUGCGGAUGUACUUUCAUAUUUGCUUUGUUCAAUUUCGCUAAGGCUGUUUGAAGAUGUGAGGCCUUAAGUUGGACAGGAAACGUCGCCAUCUUUCUGGCACGAUUGACAUUCGCAGUAUUUUCCGCUGUCCGGGUAUAUGCACUCUCCGGGAAAGGUAUACUGCUUUCCCUGAUCGUCUUUCUUCUAGCAUCCGUGCAAGCAGCUCUCAAUAUGCUCUUUGUCGCGAGAUACGUUGAGUUCGAGAUGUUCCCGGCACCGAUCUACUGCGCGGGUAUCGGGAUACCGUCCGAACGCCUCGCCAAAAUUAUGACCAUUACGAUCCGAGCGACACUUCUGGCGGCUGAAGUGAUUGUAAUCGUUGUGACAUGGUGGUACACGUACGGCAUUCACCAUGGCUUGAAAGGUCUUGGCUCUGAUAGCUCGCUCGCAUCCGUGAUGCUGCACAAUGCUGAUGCUAUAUCUGCUAGUGUCAUGGGUGUGUUGAACAUUCUUCAUAUAAUUUGCUAUGUCCUGGAUACGCCGUCCCUGGCAACCUUGGAGCAAAUCGUCGGCACCCUCAUUGACCCCUUGAGUUCCAUCCUCGUCUCUCGCUUCGUUCUCAGCCUUCGUCACGUGGAUCGCCCUAUAGCACCUCUGACAGCUACAGAACAAGCUUCAAUAACUCUACAAUUUGCCAGGGAUGUGCAUCGUACUACACUCCCAUCGUUUGUGGCAUCGCUGGGUGAAUUGGUGCAUGUCGGUUCCAGGAGCGCAAAGGAGACCUUCGACUCGGAGACGGGCAGUGACAUUGAGCUCUCCGUGACAGGGACGAACCCUCUCAAGAUUGAAGAGGUACCCGUUCUGAUGUCUAUGACGGUCGGUAGACAAUCACAGGAGAGGACACCUGUCUAGAUAGUUACACUUCGAGAGGUGCGAUCCGUGUUGAAGGAGACACGGUAUGUUGGGCCUAACAGGUGUAGACGAUGUCAUGCAGUCCACACUCAUUAAGUUACUACGUAUCUGCACCUUAUUUCAAUGAGCUACGUAGCGCUCCGCUGUGAAAUCU